GUAAAUGCAGGAGGGGCUACGCCACAUUGGCUUCAUUCUAUCUGCUCUUGGUUUGGAUUCUGUAACGAGGUGUGCUACGGAGACCUGGGAUGCUUCGAUACCACAUUAAACUGCCACCGAGACUUCUUCCCGCCCCUCCCACCCGCCGACAUCAACACCUAUUACGUCAUCCAUACGCGUAAGACGGAGGGGAAUCCCCAAGCCGUUGUGCGCUCCAAUGCGACACAGGAGGCGAUGGUGGAUGUGGUUGGUGAGAGAAGAAUAUCCUUCAUCAUACACGGGUGGGGUGAAGGCAUCUGGAAGCAGUGGAUUCUGGAUCUGAGGGAUGCUCUGCUGGAGAAGGAAGACUUGGCUGUUGUGCUGGUGGACUGGUCAGACGGUGCCGAGUCUCUCAACUACCUGAAAGCAGUACAGAACAUGCGUGUGGUCGGCAGGGAAGUUGCCAAGUUUGUACAACUUCUGCACGAAUACACAGAACUACCUUACGACAAGUUUCAUCUUAUCGGACACAGCCUGGGUGCCCAUGCCGCCGGAUUCGCCGGCGAGAUGCAACCCGGUCUCGGCAGAAUCUCAGCUCUUGAUGCUGCAGGUCCAAGUUUUGAAGGAACUGACAGAGACUGCAGAUUGGACGAAACAGACGCCAACUACGUCGAUGCCAUCCACACAGAUUCUAGCAAGCUCAGCGAAGGCGGAGUCGGCAUUUCCCAAAGAGUUGGACACAGCGACUUCUAUCCAAACGGUGGCUACGCGCAGCCCGGUUGUCGAUGGUGGAUGGUAGGUUGCAGUCAUGCUCGCUCGCAUCUCUACUUCAUCGAGUCCGUACGUCUUCCCCAGUGCCGAUACACCGCCAUCCCCUGCAAGAGCGAAGAGGACUUUGUUGCGGGACGAUGCCGGUCGUGCGGCGAGAACGGCUGCAAGCUGAUGGGGUACUACACCGACGAAAUGAAUAACAACGGGUCUUUCUUCCUUAGCACUCGGGGCCACAGUCCAUACUGCACCAAGAUGAAGUUCUACUGGAGAAGGUUCUACAUGCUGCGGCAAAGGCGAUCCGCUGCUAUGUCGGAGGAAAACAGGAGCAUGAAACACAGCAACAUGGUGCCCCUGACAUGACAUGAUUGUUUCCGAUAUGUCGAAAGAACUUUGUCCCAACCUGUUUCAUUUAUUUGAAGGCGCUAUGUCUUUGUCCUUUGUCCUUGAGUCGAACAUACAACCACCGAAGAUGGGACUUCAUUAGCAGAGUCUUCUGUUGUUAUAUAUUGGCGACAUUGGUGAUCUUAAGGAUCUUUGUUCUUGUUCAUAUAUAAUUUGAUUAUAUAUAAUGUGAUGCGUCGUCUUCCUGAAUCGAAGCUUUUUCUAUACAAAUCAAAACGUGAAUUCAAACGUAUAUAUUAUUAUAUUUUACCGUGCCUUCUCAAAACACGUUCGAAAAAGAAGAAAAAAGUGCAUUUUUAUAUUAAAAAAGUGAUACCCCACCUACUGCUCCUGUAUAACAACGAAAUGUUAGUUUGUUUAUUUUUAUGACUAAAUAUGCAUAUUCAUUGUAUCAUAGUAUAUUACAAUUUCCUUGUGUUAAACAUGUCCAAUGUGCAAGAUGUUAUUGCAUUUCAUUAAAAAAAAUCUAUUCUUUCUAUCUUAGAGUUUGUAGAAUGACAUAAUUCUACAAAUCCUGAGAAAAAAAGAGAGAAAGAAUUAGUGUUUUGAUUAAUAUUCAGUUUAGUUUUCAUAUUAUGAAAAUUGAACUUAGCAUUAAUCAAAUGAAGAAAUAUGAAUGGAUUAUUUCAAUGAGCAAUACCAUGAACACGGUAGGAAGAGGACGGUAUAUACUAUCACAAAUAUUUUAAAUAUAAAUGCUCAGUCUAAACAAUAUAACACAAUCUCUACCCAAAAAUGAAAAUGCUAGAAGCGACAGUUAUUUCAAGCUGAUGGCAUCAGAUGCUAUAGAGCUUCUGUGACUCGUGUGCUGACCGGGCUAGUCCCUUGAAUUGUCAGUGAGCUGAAAACCUGGAUGGCACCGACCCCCACCGGGCCGAGCUGAGGAUUGAAAUGGGUGAUACAAAUGAUUUUUAAUGAGUUUCUGAUAAUAUAACUUUAUUAUCAAAUAAACAUUUACUUUACUAUAAAGAUAACUGUUGCUGAGCUAGCGCCAUGAGUCACUGGUCUGUGUGUGCGCUCUAUAAUUUUACACUAUUAUUAUUAUAUUUCAUGUCAUGUUUUGCCUCUCAUUUUGUGAAAUCCUGUCUUCUUCAGGUAUUGUCCAACAUAAUGCAUUGACUCGUUUGAAAUAAAAACAGGCAGGAUAAGUGUAUAUUUUGUUUCAUUUACUCUGUAUAAAUCUUAUUCGUCAGUGCGCAAAAAGGAUAUUAUAUAUAAAUAAAUUACAAGGUUGUAUUCAUACUAUAAGUAUUCAAAAUUGCUAAAUGACCGUAUGACAUUGAGGUUAUAUUACAAGCAGACUGUUUUUAACGAUAUAAUGGAUUAUAAUAUUGUUGAAAUUGGGGCCAAGGGUACUUUAUUUGUCUGUGGUUUCGAUAUACAGCAGCCUUAAUUAUCUCUUCAAACUGGUGGUGAUGUCUGUAUAGAAGAACAUAUGUAAUUAUCUUAGUUACAUGGUUAAGCAAGUUGCUUCCCCCAUUUUCUACUCAUUGAAAACUAAUGGGCAAUUAGCAGUAUAUUUUGCGACGUAUACGAUCAUUAUUUAAGUGUUCAGAAUAUGCGAUUGUAAACAUUAUUGUGUACGUUCAUAGUCUAUAUAGAUGAUUAAAGGCUGUGAGGGAUUAGACCACCCAGGAAGAUCACUGACAGGUGACUAU